AUUUAGACACUAAAAAAUGAAUUGAAAAUGUGACCGAUGGAGUAUAUAUACUACGCUACGGAGUAGAUUAUAAAAUACGGAGUGUGUGUCUGGCAAUGAAGCAGCAUUUUCUCUGUGCUUACGCCUGUCUUUUUGGAAUUCUUCUUUGUUGUAAGAUCUUAACUGCACAUUUCUCAUCGCUCAAACAAAAAAUCCCUGAAAACCUUCCUGUUCUAAAUAUCUGCUACGAGUAUAUGCUAACCGAAGGAUCGACAAACAAUAAGUUUCUUUGAUUCUUUCCAAAAUAUCAUCCAUAUCCUAUAUAUAGUAACCCCACUCUCAUUAGUAAAACAAUAACUAAUUAUUGGCAUUGAGUUGUAACCUCCGUGUCUUCGCAGAGUGGGUACAGCUUAGGUUUACAAAUCAAACACGCAGUGUAAAGAUUCGUUGUGGGGGACAAAUCUAGCAAUCCGCAUGGUAUGAUUGGUAAAGGCUUGAACUUUGAUAGUUUCCAGAGUUGGUAAAGAUUUGAUCUUUGAUUGGGUAUUUAUGAUUUGGGUAGGUUAUUAUGCAAUUGAAAUGAGAAUGGGUUUCCCAAAGUGAAUCUUUGACUAUGGCAAGAAGCAUAUGAUUUGGGUAUGUUAUUAUGCUUGAAAGUUGAACACCCAGAAAUAGAAUUUCUGGGGAUUUGAUUUCUAAGUAGAUGCAGUUGAAAUCUGGAGAUAUGGAAGAAGGUAAAGAUCCAUCAUCAUCAUCAGCUGCUAUAAGCAGGGGAGGCCAUGUUAGGGGUUUGCCACAUAAGAUGGUACAAAUAUUAGUUCUGUUCUUGUUUCUGUGUUUAUCAUUCUCUAUGGUUAGUAUUUAUAUGAUGAAGCAUUAUGGGAAAGUGUUGGAACCUAUGAAGCCUAGUCUAGAGUCAUGUGUUGAAGAAGACGCUGCUAAUGAUUUGGAGCAAUGGAUUAAGCCUCCUUCCAAUUUGAUGCACGCAAUGACAGAUACACAGCUGAUUUGGAGGGCAUCUUUUAUGCCAAGAGUUAAAAAGUAUCCAUUCAAGAGGGUUCCUAAAAUUGCGUUUAUGUUUUUGACCAAAGGGCCAUUGCCAUUAGCUCCACUUUGGGAAAUAUUCUUUAAGGGCAAUGAGGGGAAGUUUUCUAUUUAUGUUCAUUCAUCACCGUCCUUUAAAGCCAAUUUCACUGCCAAAUCUGUUUUCUAUAAGAGGCAGAUACCCAGUCAGGUAGCUGAAUGGGGAAAGAUGAGUAUAUGUGAUGCUGAGAGAAGACUUCUUGCCAAUGCAUUGCUCGACAUAUCCAACGAGUGGUUCGUUCUUCUCUCUGAAUCGUGCAUUCCCCUCCACAAUUUCACUCAAAUUUAUACCUACAUCAAGAGAUCGAAACACAGUUUCAUGGGGUCAUUCGAUGACCCAGGCCCGUACGGAAGAGGGCGUUACGACCCGAACAUGUCACCCGAGGUUAACAUCACCCAGUGGAGGAAAGGCUCUCAAUGGUUUGAGGUUAACCGAAAUCUCGCUCUCUAUAUAGUGGAAGACGUCAUCUUCUACCCCAAGUUUAUGGAAUUCUGCAAGCCGGCUUGUUAUGUGGAUGAGCAUUAUUACCCCACCAUGCUGACCAUUAAAGCAGCAAGCCACUUGGCGAACAGGAGCCUGACAUUGGUCGACUGGUCGAGAGGUGGGGCCCAUCCCGCAACAUUUGGGAGGUCUGAUAUCACAGAAGCUUUCAUGAAGAGGUUGCUGGAAGGUCAUUCAUGCAUAUAUAAUGGCCGGAAUUCUUCCCUUUGCUAUCUUUUUGCCAGGAAAUUCGCUCCGAGUGCCUUGGAACCUCUCAUCCUUUUAGCUCCCAAGUAUUUGGGGUUUUGAUACAAUGAAAGAUAGAAAGAGGGGAUUUUUAUAGCUUACACACACAGAUAGAUAGAUUCUUGGCAUCAUAGAUUUUUUUCCUUCUUCCACAAGUGUUGUGUUGUGCAGCCGGUUGCAUGAUUAUGAAAUAUCUUUAUAGGGCG